UUCACAAUCCCACGGUCUGUCAGUGCUUCAGUACCAACUGGUGCCCUCAACCCCGACAACCCCGCAGCCAUGGCGUUCAAUGGAACCUGGAAGGUCGACCGCAGCGAGAAUUAUGACAAGUUCAUGGAGCAAAUGGGUAUUAACGUCAUGAAGAGGAAGCUGGCAGAGCACGACAACCUGAAGAUCAUCAUCGAGCAGACAGGGGACAAGUUUCACAUCAAGGAGUCCAGCACCUUCCGCACCAAAGACAUCGACUUCACCCUUGGUGUCCAGUUCGACUACGCCCUGGCUGAUGGCACCGAAGUCUCAGGUACGUGGGAGAUGGAGGGGGAGAUGCUGAAGGGUAAAUUCACCAGGAAAGACAACAGUAAGGUCCUGACCACCACUAGGACUCUGGUGGGAGGAGAGCUUGUACAGAGUUACAACUAUGAGGGAGUCGACGCCAAGAGGAUUUUCAAGAAGCAGUAGCCCAGAGUCUGCAGUUCUACUUAUAUUCUGAUGUAGAUGAUAUUAUGUAGAUGUUUUUCUAACAGUAACACUACAUGGAAAAGUCAAGUGUAUUCCCAUUACAUUUGAUUCCAUAUACCUCAAAAUGCUGACAAAGAUUUCAAAGAGUUCUGAGCGAGACACUGUGAUUGUGGACCACUGAAUUUUACCUUAUAACAUAUCAAUGUGCCUUUCAAACAAUCAGUGCAUUGGCCAAAACCAAAACAACCAGUUUCUCACACAUGGAUCAAGACCUGCCUUGGAUUAAAUCUCUACAACCGUGGAGAUGGAUCGCACAUUGUUUGAACUGGACCCCGCGUAAGCGCUGAGUCCUAGGCAACCGCUGCAGCUGCACUAGAAUCUAAUUUGAAAACAUUUUGUCCCAGACAAGACUUAAUCACUGUGAAGGAAACCUGCCCAGUGUGCCAGAAAGAGUGGAGAACCUGGAAAAAAAAUAAUGCUGCACAAUUCCCAUAUAAUUAAGCUUUGUAAUGCACCUUUAACCAAUUGGGAGCUAAGUCAUUUUGCACUAAAAGUUUUGAUAAACUGUACGGUCUGUAACAAUAAAGAUAUAUUGCCAUGUGU